AGCAGUUUGCUAAAAGAAAUAUUGGGAUAGUUUUAUUCGUAUCGCUGCUUCAUGUUCCAUCAUGAGUGACUAUUCAGCGGUUGCUCCGCCUCAAAAUUUUAGCCAAAGUUCUGCAUUUGCAGCAGCUUUGCAACGUGCAAAACAAAUAGCUGCAAAGAUUAAUCCAGCUGGUGCUCAAAAUAAUCAAGACACUAAGUUAAAACGUCCCCUUGAAGAUGGAUCAGGGGUUAUUGUUUUAGAACCUGAGGCAAAAAAAAUGGCAUCAUUAGUAUCGGAUCCAUUGAUAGGACUUCGUGGUCCAGCAGGAAAUAAUUCAUUAGGAGAUUCAAGUAAUCAAGCAGGACGACCAGGACAAGUAGGAUCUUCAUCAGGCCCAAUUGGAAAUGUUGGAGGUAUUUGUAAUGAAGAUAUCAGAGUUCCAGAUAACAUGGUUGGUCUAAUAAUUGGCAGAGGUGGAGAACAAAUAACAAGAUUGCAGAGUGAAACAGGAUGUAAAAUACAAAUGGCACCAGAAAGUGGUGGGCUACCUGAACGUGUUUGCACAUUAACUGGCUCGCGAGAAGCUGUCAACCGAGCUAAAGAAUUGGUACUGUCGAUUGUAAAUCAAAGAAGUAGAACUGAAGGAAUCGGUGAUAUGACUGGAAGUAGCGGCGGUAUGAUGGGUCACCCAGGAUUUGUUGAAAUAAUGAUUCCUGGACCAAAAGUUGGUUUAAUCAUUGGAAAGGGAGGAGAAACAAUAAAACAGCUUCAAGAAAAAUCUGGAGCAAAAAUGGUUGUUAUUCAAGAAGGGCCAUCUCAGGAACAAGAGAAACCUUUAAGGAUAACUGGUGAUCCACAAAAAGUUGAAUAUGCCAAACAAUUAGUAUAUGAAUUAAUAGCUGAAAAAGAAAUGCAAAUGUUUCAUAGAGGUACAAGAGGAGGUAGUGAUAGGAGUGGAAAUUACUCAAAUGAGAGUAGUUUUAAUCAUGGUUCUGGAACCACUGAUGGAGUAGAGGUACUUGUUCCAAGAGCAGCAGUAGGUGUUGUUAUUGGUAAAGGAGGAGAUAUGAUUAAAAAAAUACAAGCAGAAACUGGUGCAAGAGUCCAGUUUCAACAAGGAAGAGAAGAUGGUCCUGGAGAUAGAAAAUGCAUAGUGUCAGGAAAACACCAAGCUGUAGAACAAGUACGUCAACGUAUUCAAGAACUUAUCGACAGUGUAAUGAGAAGAGAUGAUGGUAGAAGUAAUAUGGGAGCAAGAAGUGGCCCACGAGGCAAUGGAUUUGGUAACAAUCGUAAUCCAAAUGAAUAUGGUGGAUGGGACAGACGUCAAGGAGGACCUAUGCAAGAUAAAAUAGAAACAACAUUCACUGUUCCUUCUUCAAAAUGUGGUAUUAUUAUUGGAAAAGGUGGUGAAACUAUUAAACAAAUAAAUCAGCAAACUGGGGCACAUUGUGAACUAGAUAGAAGAAAUCAAAGUAACGAAAAUGAAAAGAUUUUUAUAAUUCGCGGAAAUCCUGAACAAGUAGAACAUGCAAAGAGAAUAUUCAGUGAAAAACUGGGCAUGGCUCCAGCUAAUACGUCGUUUACUGGUACACAAGGAGCAAUUGGAUAUAAUCCAACUUGGAAUGCUGGAACAGCUUAUCAAGCCUGGCCAAGUCAACCUCAAACUACCGAUACAAGUACUGCAAGUCAAGCACCUGUUCAAGUAAAUCCGCAAACAGGUCAACCAGAUUAUAGUGCACAAUGGGCGGAAUACUAUCGGUCACUUGGUAUGCACAGAGAAGCAGACAUGAUCGAACAACAAGCAAAACAAGGGAAACAAGAUCACAAUCAACAGUCAGGAAAUACACAGAAUCAAACUAAUGCAUCAACAACUGGUACUGCUGGACCAGCUCAACAACAACAACAACAACAACAACAAGCACAGCAACAGCAGCAACAGCCACAAACUGGAGCUACACAAAAUGGAGGUCAAGCUGAUUACAGUGCACAAUGGGCAGAGUAUUAUAGAAGUAUUGGUAAAAUAAAAGAAGCAGAAGCUAUAGAAGCUCAAAUGAAAGCAGGAAAGUUGGGAAUACAAAACAAUCAAAUGGCUCAACAACAAAUGCAACAGAGCAUGCAAGGUCAAUCAGGUCCAGCAGGUGGGACUCCCAAUGCAUUUCCACAAGCUUACGGUAGUUAUCCAACAAUAAAUGCUGGUUCAACACCAACGGGUUAUUAUGCAGCGGGGGCUGGAUCUACUACACAACCACAAACCGGUCAACAAAAUCCAUCUUUCCCAACGGGCUAUCAGAACUACCCUUAUUCACAAACGAAUACAGAAAGUUAAACUUCCAUAAGGAAAAACAUUAGGUAUAGUUUUCAGAUAGUUUCCCAUCGGGA